UACACGUGUUACGCUACGGCCCUGAAAAGUAGUCAAACCCACCGAAUGGAAGAUAUAUACCUACGGCCGCGUGCGCAGACCAGUGGACAGAGUGCAAAACCCUGCGCAUGCGUAAUGGACGUCGACACGGCAGACCCUUCAACUCGCAUGAAUGCAGUAGGCGCAGCCCCACAACACUUGAGGAUGAAGAAAAGAGACGAUGAGGACAGUACAUUUCUUAACGACAUUCAGAACGAUGAAGCAAACAGAGAAAGAAAAGAGAGACGAGUCACGAAGAUACACGAACAUAUGUCAUGCGUGGGCGAAACUGCACGAACGCAUAAAUACAGAGAAGAAACACGAGAGGCGUACUCGACUUUGUUCAAAUGAGGAACAAGAUCCGCGAAUGAUGUGUAUAGGUUAGGUAGGUAACCCAGUUUCGCCGGUACACCAGGCCAGGCUGCAGCAACGCCGUUUUACGAUCGAUACCUAUAUGCACCCGGUACUGCUCACAGCCUAGAUUCGCUUGUCUAGGAUAGGUACAAGAAGGGGACUAUAUGACCUACAUCUUAGAAAAAAAUGUAACGAAAAUAAUUUAAAUUGUAUUGAAUUCGAAACUGAUAAUACAAUCAAAAAAAUAUUCCAUUAAUAUAUUAAAUUAAUUAAUAAUACUAA